AUCUUUGCUUCCAUGCAUGGAUUUCUCCUCCUCCUAAAUAUAGUGAACACUUGUUUUAGUUCUCACUAGAGAGAGAGAGAGAGAGAUUUAGCAUCAUUUUUACACUCAACUUCUCUCUCUAAACACUCUGUUUCACCACUUCUCUCUCCUCCUCCCCCAUCUUUUUAUAAUCUUUCUUGAAAAUUUCAACUACCCAAUUACCUCAAUCACCUUAUUACACACAUUUGGUUCAGUUUUGUCAAAUCUGAAUCUUUUUUUUCUGUUGAAUUCUGUUAAAUCUGAUCUGGGCCCUUCUGAAAUCCUCUGUUUCAUUGGUUUGGAGUGUAAUUCAAGAAUUCUUUGUUUGAUCAGAUUCAAUUUUGCUUGAAAUCUUGAGUUUUGUUUCAAUGGAGGAAGAGCAAGAAUUGAAGCAGCAUGUAUGCAAAUUCUGCAGCAAGAGUUUUGCCUGUGGUAGAUCAUUGGGUGGUCACAUGAGGUCUCAUAUGAUUAAUGACAUUACUUCUCAAGCUGAUGGCACUACACUCACCAAGAAAAAACUUCCAUCUCUCACCAACUAUAUCAACAGUACUCAUAAUAAAGCUAAUAAUGAAAUUACAGGCUAUGGCCUGAGAGAAAAACCCAAGAAAACUUGGAGAAUUUGUACUGAUGGUGGUGAUGAUGAUGAUCAAGAUCAAGAUGCUGAUAAAUCUUGCAAAAAGUGUGGCAGAGUGUUUCAAUCUUGGAAGGCUUUGUUUGGUCACAUGAAGUGUCACUCAAUUCUUGAAAAAGAAAAGGAAAAAGUGGUCAAUAAUGACCAUUUUAGCCUUGAAGAAGAGGAGGAAGAGCAGCAAGAAUCUUGGACUGGUGGUUGUAACCAUAAGGUGGUUAUGGAUAGUCAAUCUGAUAAUGAAAAUACUACUCCUCCGAAUCGGAGAAAAAGAUCGAAAAGGCGAAUAAGGUACAUGGGUGCUGCUGCAAAUUCUUCUUCUUUAUCAUUUGCUAAUAAUAAUAAUGGUUCUUCAUCUGUUUCUGAAAUUGAUCAACAAGAACAAGAAGAGAUUGCUAUGUGUUUGAUGUUGUUGUCUAGAGAUGUUGGUGUUGGUUUUAAUUCUGUUGCUGAAUCUUCUGAUAACAAUUCUGUUUUUCUUGAGAAUCAUAAUCUUGUUAGCUCCAAACCUGAAGUGAAACUGAAACAAAUUCAAGAAUUCUCAUCAGUUUCUUUGAUUCCAAGCAAAGGAGCUAACAAAAUCAAGAAUUGUUCGAUAGAUGACGAGAAUUCGGUUAUCGAAUUGGGAAAGAAUUUGAGCAAAAACAAGAGAAAAAUGGAUGAUGAAUCAUUGGAUCUUGAGUUGAAAUCAGAUGAAUUCAAGAAUUCUGACAAAGACAGCAAAUUUGAGUGUACUACUUGCAACAAAGUGUUCCAUUCUUACCAAGCUCUAGGGGGACAUAGAGCUAGUCAUAAAAAGACCAAAGGCUGUUUUGCUUCAAGAAUUGACAGUACUGAAACCAGCAUUGAAAAUGAAAUUUUUGUUGAUCAAUUGGGCAUAGACAGUGACCAUAAAGCUGAGACAAGUUAUGGAGCAAAGAAGAUUAGUAGAGGACAUGAAUGUCCAAUUUGUUUCAAAGUGUUCCCUUCAGGACAAGCAUUGGGUGGUCACAAGAGGUCUCAUUUAGUAGUAGCAUCAACAAGUACUGAUCAUCAUCAUCAGAAGAAGAACAUUUCAAUUCAAGAAUCGAUUUCGCCGCCGAUUCGAGAUUUUCUUGAUCUUAAUCUUCCUGCUCCUGUUGAAGAAGACACCAAUGAACUUGUGGGGUUUAAUCCAUGGUGGAUAGCAACCACCCACAAGCAUGAACAGCUUUUAGGUUUGAUCUCUAACUAAAUCUUGGCCAUGUUUUUUUUUUUCAAUAAACAACACAAAUUUUCAAGAAUGUACAGAUUCAUUCAUUCUUUUACACAUUCAAGAACUAGCCUAAGGCAUACUUCACAUUUGCAUUUUUUUUUCACUUCAUCUAUGUAUCGAGGAAAUGACGAAACGAAAAACGCUGAACGAUAUUUUUUUACAGAAUUAGAUUGAAAAUAUAGAGUUCUAUUAGUGUUUUCGAAAGUGGAAAUGAAUUAUCGAAAUGUAAGACUCGAGGAAUUUUCGUACAAUAUAGUUAUUCUACUUUUUU